AUGAAACUCACAAUUGCUGCUGUUCAGUUAAACUCUGUAAUCGGCCAGAUAGAGGCCAAUAUCAAGAGGGCAUCCAGGAUUAUUCAAUUGGGAUUCAGCAAAAGCAAUGGGCAUAGUCCUGAUUUAAUCGUAUUACCGGAACUUGCCAUUACCGGCUAUAAUUUUAGGGACAAAGCUCAAAUAGAACCGUAUUUGGAAGUUAAAGGUGAGGGAAAGAGCUACAAUUUUGGAAGGCAUCUUUCUGAAGAGCUACCCGAGAAAUUCAUCUUACCCAAGCCACAAAGUGGCUACAAAAUCUACAACUCUGCGGUACUAAUUUCACCCACGGGUAAAAUUAUUCAUAAUUAUAGAAAGUCCUUUUUAUACGAGACAGAUGAGCAAUGGGGAUGUGAGGAAUCCCCUAAUGGGUUUGAAGCCUUUAAUCUUGAAAUUAGGGGAAGAGUUUUCAAGACCGCGAUUGGCAUAUGCAUGGAUUUAAAUCCCUAUAAGUUUAAGGCACCCUUUGAAAAGUACGAAUUUGCCAACUUUUGCUAUAAGAACAAUGUUGAUUUGGCUCUAGUACCAACUGCCUGGCUUAAUACUAGUUGGAGUGAAGAUUGGACUGCAAAAGAUGUUGCUAAAUACUCUGCUUUGUAUGAGAAGAAAAUUCCUUUUGAAAUUAACAACCAAGACAAACUUAACGACAUAAUAUUGUCACCUGAUGAGGGCUCUGAAUAUAAAAGAGAGGUACCAGAUAAGAAGACUGCAAGAUAUUGGAUUUUACGAGUGGAUCCGUUUUACACAAAUACGCAUUUUGGAAAGCCUAUUCUCUUCGUUGUCUGCAAUCGAAGCGGGGUAGAGGAUAAGAUGAUGUACGCAGGAAGCAGUUCGAUAACAAGAUUUAAUGGCGGCUCUUCACAUUUGGAUACAAGGACCGGACAAAUGUUCAUCGACUUUGAUCUCUUUGGAGCUCUAGGUCAAGGUACUGAAGGGAUACUUGUAAGGGAUGUGGAACUUUAA